AUGCAAUCUUGCAUCAUCUACCUUGUACUCCCGCUACUAUUUCUACUGGCGAGAGCAGCCCAGGUCUCGGGUAUUUUUACAAGCUUCAAGUCGCUAACGUGGACGGAUGCAAACUCAUACACUGUCCCACAGCCCAACUACCCCACAUGGACAGCAGUCUUGGGCUGGUUCCUAGACGGGACAAAGAUCAAGCCGGGCGACACCUUCACCUUGGAAAUGCCCUGCGUUUUCAAGUUCAUCACCGACCAGACUUCGGUCGACCUCACGGCAAAUGGCGUUCCAUACGCAACCUGUAACAUGAAUGCAGGUGAGAUCUUUGUCACCUAUUCCACCCUUCAGUGUACGGUGAACUCGGCACUUGCAUCAAAUAUCCAAGCUUCAGGGCAGCUUUCCAUACCAAUGGCUUUCAACGUCGGUGGAUCUGGAAGCUCCGUGGACAUGACUGACUCAAAAUGCUUCACCGCGGGAACCAACACCGUCACGUUCAAAGACGGCUCCCGCGAGCUCUCGGUCCAGGCCACUUUUGCAGCAGCGGCCCCACCUCUGAAUACAUAUUAUGCUAAUCCGAGAUCGAUUCCUUCUUUAAACGAGCUUCAAUUCUACUACUUGGGUAGAAAAUGUGCUCAAGGUUAUACCUCGGGUUCCAUUGGUCUACAACUUCGUGAGGCAGGCCAGUCUAUCGAUUGCUCGAAUUGGCAUGUUGGAUUUGCCAACCAACUCAAUAGUUGGAAUUUUCCAACCGCUCUCGCUUCCAACAUCAAAUUCACCUCCCUGUGCACAUCAACAAGAUUGGUUGUCAAUUAUCAAAAUGUACCAGCAGGAGCUAGACCGUUUAUUGAUGCUUUACUUCGAAUCCCUAAUAGUGACUCACCUACCAUAGAAUACAUAAAUCAGGUUCAAUGCAGUGGAUCGGAUGCUACGUUGGAUUUUGGCAGCAGUGACAGAUGGAUACCAUACAAGAUGAGUUCAGCUGGAGCAAAUGGUGUGGUUGUGGUGCUCACAACUUCGACUUAUACACUGACAGCGACGCAGGUGAGCACGCUUCCCUUCGACUCGAGUACCGACAAAACCAAGACUAUUGUUGUAUAUCAGCCAGUCCCAACAACAACGGUUACUACGUCGCAUGUGGGAUCGGCAACUUCAAUCACGACUGUUACUGCAACCGUUGGUGGUACUGCGACCGUCAUUGUCGAUAACCCUUACACCAAGCCGCAAACUCAAGUCACCUCACUAUGGACAGGAUCAGUGACUUCAACUGGAACAGUUACGGGUUCAAAGACGGACACCGUGGUUAUUUACCAACCUCGUAAUCCCACAACCACGCUUACUCAAUUUUGGACAGGCACUACAGCCUCCACGAGCACUCAGACAAAUGCACCGGGCGGAACAGAUUCAGUAGUUGUGAAUGCUCCACGCAACCCAACAACUACCGUUACUCGAUUCUGGACUGGCACCACCAGUUCAUCGACAACUCAGACUAACGCACCUGGUGGAACUGACUCGGUGCUAGUAUACGCUCCUCACAACCCCACGACCACAUUCACCCAGUUCUGGACCGGCUUCACAGCUACAACUACGACUCAGACUAACGCACCGGGCGGAACCGACUCGGUACUAGUGUAUGAUCCACACAACCCCACGACUACAUUCACCCGAUUCUGGUCAGAAAAAGGAACUGAUUCAUGGACUCAAACAUACGAUCCAGGAGAGACAGACAUCGUUGUUAUUUUCUACCCGUAUAACCCUACAACCACCGUCACACAAUUCUGGACCGGCGUCACAGCUUCAACUACGACACAGACUAACGCACCAGGUGGAACUGACUCGGUGCUAGUUUAUGCUCCACACAAUCCUACCGUUACAACUACUCAGUUCUGGACCGGCGUCACAUCUUCAUCCACGACUCAGACUAACGCACCAGGUGGAACUGACUCGGUGCUAGUAUACGCUCCCCACAAUCCAACAGUUACAACUACUCAGUUCUGGACCGGCGUCACAGCUUCAUCCACGACACAGACUAACGCACCAGGUGGAACUGACUCGGUGCUAGUAUACGCUCCACACAAUCCUACCGUUACAACUACUCAGUUCUGGACCGGUAAUGAUGCUUCAACUACGACACAGACUAACGCACCAGGUGGAACUGACUCGGUGCUAGUAUACGCUCCCCACAAUCCUACAGUUACAACUACUCAGUUCUGGACCGGCGUCACAUCUUCAACUACGACUCAGACUAACGCACCAGGUGGAACUGACUCGGUGCUAGUUUAUGCUCCACACAAUCCAACAGUUACAACUACUCAGUUCUGGACCGGUAAUGAUGCUUCAACUACGACACAGACUAACGCACCAGGUGGAACUGACUCGGUGGUAGUUUAUGCUCCCCACAAUCCUACAGUUACAACUACUCAGUUCUGGACCGGCGUCACAUCUUCAACUACGACCCAGACUAACGCACCAGAUGGAACUGACUCGGUGGUAGUAUACGCUCCACACAAUCCUACCGUUACAACUACUCAGUUCUGGACCGGUAAUGAUGCUUCAACUACGACACAGACUAACGCACCAGGUGGAACUGACUCGGUGCUAGUUUAUGCUCCCCACAAUCCUACAGUUACAACUACUCAGUUCUGGACCGGCGUCACAUCUUCAACUACGACCCAGACUAACGCACCAGAUGGAACUGACUCGGUGGUAGUUUAUGCUCCCCACAAUCCAACAGUUACAACUACCCAGUUUUGGACGAGAGAAGAUACAUCCGCCUCAACACAUACUAACGGUCCCGAAUCGACCGACCUUGUCGUCAUCUUUUACCCAAAUAACCCAACCAUUACAACCACCGAGUUCUGGACCGGUACGGAAGCCACAGCUUACACCGAGACGUUUGGACCUCAAGCAACCGACUCGGUCAUCGUUUUGGUCCCUCACAACCCGGUGGUCACUGUUACGGAAUUCUGGACAGGUACAGAAACAUCCACAUCGACGCAAUCGAAUGGAUUCCAUUCGGUUGACGUGGUGCACGUGUUGGUACCUCCAAAUCCUACCACCACCGUCACCGAGUUCUGGACAGGAGAGUCAGAGUCGACAUCGACGCAGACAAAUGGGCCAGAGUCGGUUGACGAAGUCCAUGUGUUGGUUCCACACAAUCCUACCACCACCGUCACCGAGUUCUGGACAGGUUCGGAAACAUCCGCAUCGACGCAGACAAAUGGACCAGAGUCGGUUGACGAAGUCCAUGUGUUGGUUCCACACAAUCCUACCACCACCGUAACUGAAUUCUGGACAGGUUCGGAAACAUCCGCAUCGACGCAGACAAAUGGGCCAGAGUCGGUUGACGAAGUUCAUGUGUUGGUUCCACACAAUCCUACCACCACCGUCACCGAGUUCUGGACAGGAGAGUCAGAGUCGACAUCGACGCAGACAAAUGGGCCAGAGUCGGUUGACGAAGUUCAUGUGUUGGUUCCACACAAUCCUACCACCACCGUAACUGAAUUCUGGACAGGUUCGGAAACAUCCGCAUCGACGCAGACAAAUGGACCAGAGUCGGUUGACGAAGUCCAUGUGUUGGUUCCACACAAUCCUACCACCACCGUAACUGAAUUCUGGACAGGAGAGUCAGAGUCGACAUCGACGCAGACAAAUGGACCAGAGUCGGUUGACGAAGUUCAUGUGUUGGUUCCACACAAUCCUACCACCACCGUAACUGAAUUCUGGACAGGUUCGGAAACAUCCGCAUCGACGCAGACAAAUGGACCAGAGUCGGUUGACGAAGUCCAUGUGUUGGUUCCACACAAUCCUACCACCACCGUAACUGAAUUCUGGACAGGAGAGUCAGAGUCGACAUCGACGCAGACAAAUGGACCAGAGUCGGUUGACGAAGUUCAUGUGUUGGUUCCACACAAUCCUACCACCACCGUAACUGAAUUCUGGACAGGUUCGGAAACAUCCGCAUCGACGCAGACAAAUGGACCAGAGUCGGUUGACGAAGUCCAUGUGUUGGUUCCACACAAUCCUACCACCACCGUCACCGAGUUCUGGACAGGUUCGGAAACAUCCGCAUCAACGCAGACAAAUGGACCAGAGUCGGUUGACGAAGUCCAUGUGUUGGUUCCACACAAUCCUACCACCACCGUAACUGAAUUCUGGACAGGAGAGUCAGAGUCGACAUCGACGCAGACAAAUGGACCAGAGUCGGUUGACGAAGUUCAUGUGUUGGUUCCACACAAUCCUACCACCACCGUAACUGAAUUCUGGACAGGUUCGGAAACAUCCGCAUCGACGCAGACAAAUGGACCAGAGUCGGUUGACGAAGUCCAUGUGUUGGUUCCACACAAUCCUACCACCACCGUCACCGAGUUCUGGACAGGUUCGGAAACAUCCGCAUCAACGCAGACAAAUGGACCAGAGUCGGUUGACGAAGUCCAUGUGUUGGUUCCACACAAUCCUACCACCACCGUAACUGAAUUCUGGACAGGAGAGUCAGAGUCGACAUCGACGCAGACAAAUGGACCAGAGUCGGUUGACGAAGUUCAUGUGUUGGUUCCACACAAUCCUACCACCACCGUCACCGAGUUCUGGACAGGUUCGGAAACAUCCGCAUCAACGCAGACAAAUGGACCAGAGUCGGUUGACGAAGUUCAUGUGUUGGUUCCACACAAUCCUACCACCACCGUAACUGAAUUCUGGACAGGUUCGGAAACAUCCGCAUCGACGCAGACAAAUGGACCAGAGUCGGUUGACGAAGUCCAUGUGUUGGUUCCACACAAUCCUACCACCACCGUAACUGAAUUCUGGACAGGAGAGUCAGAGUCGACAUCGACGCAGACAAAUGGACCAGAGUCGGUUGACGAAGUUCAUGUGUUGGUUCCACACAAUCCUACCACCACCGUAACUGAAUUCUGGACAGGUUCGGAAACAUCCGCAUCGACGCAGACAAAUGGACCAGAGUCGGUUGACGAAGUUCAUGUGUUGGUUCCACACAAUCCUACCACCACCGUAACUGAAUUCUGGACCGGUGAAUCAGCUUCUACUACAACAAAAACUUAUGCACCUGGCUCGACUGACAAAGUGAAUAUUUUCAUGCCACAUAAUCCCACCGUCACAAUCGUUGACUUUUGGACAGAAAGUUAUGCAACUACAACUACGGUUUUAAACGGCGUUGAGAGUACUGAUUAUGUUAUUGUGAAGGAAAUAUUUAGCACUAGCAGUUCCAUGGAAAUUUUGUCAGAAUCUGCAACUGAACCAUCGAGACCUGUGGCGCAGUCUACUUUUGAAUCAGACACAGAUUUCUCAUCAGCUCUUGAUACAAAAUCGAGCUAUUCUAAAUCUGCAUCCAGUUUGAGCAGUGAUUCUGCUAUUGAGACCACUAGUGCAACAAACUCCAGCGGUGAAAACGAAGAUAGUAGCCAAAUCAGUCACUCUUCAAUCCCCCAAUCGUCAUUUGAACUUAGCGAGGAGUCGUCACCGAGCUUGGCAACGCAAACUCUUGAAAGCACUUCUUUGUCCUCAAGACCCACUGCGUCCUAUGGUGCACAGUCAACACCCGAUUUCAGUGACAAUCUGCUGCUGUCGGAUGUUAGCUCGAGUACGGAAUCCAGUACAGCGGAAAGUGCAGUUGGUUACUCAUCAACUUCUAAUGCGAAAGAGGUUUCAAGUUCGUUAUCUUUAAUGGAGAUAACAACAACAGAGAGUACCACGUCAAGUGUAAGAACAAACUUUCCGGUGCUGAUUUCCCCUUCUUCUGAAAGCACUGUUUCAGUGGAGUUUUCAUCGCCAACUGAAGAUGUCACCUACUCAACCUCGGGAACCAUCGAGUCUUUGGAGCAUUCCUGGUCAUCAUCAUCAUCAUCAUCAACAACAACUUCAAGCUUUAUCGUUUCGAGCGAAGCAGAAAGUGCGUACUCCAGUGCAACUUUGAGUUCAUUUGAAACCGCAUCGUUCGCAUCAUUCUCGUCUGAUCCCUAUUCGAGUUUCAACAGUGAUGAAACCAAUUCCUCGUUUGAUGCAGAUUCAACCUCUUCCCCUUAUUUCUCAACUGAUCACUCAGACAUCCCAUCGUCAUCAUCUGUAGAGUGGGACUCGCACUCAUACUUGUCGUAUCUAUCAUCGCUAGCAGCUGGUCACUCCACAUACAAGACUUCAAAAAGUGCAAGCCAGGAUUUAUCAUCAACUAUGGUGGAAAAUUCCAGUACGCCAGAAUCAGCAAUUCCAUCAUCACUUGACAAAUUAUCGAGCGAACUGCAAAACUAUAAUUCUUAUUAUAGCUCAGGGGUUUUCCCAAGCAAAUCAACGCAAGAGGACAUAAAGAGCUCCUCGCCAACAUUGUCUAUGCCAAAAUCAACGGUGGAACCAUCAGUAACCAGCUCGGCACUCUCGUCACUUGAUAUCUCGCUGGAACCCACUGCAAGCCACCUUACUGCCGUUGCACCUAAUCCUGGGUCCAUCGAAUCAUCUGCAUCAUCGACUUUCGUGUCAUCAAACAGCCACCUUACUGCUGUUGCACCCAAUCCUGGAUCCACUGAAUCAUCUAUUUCACCGCAAAAUACGUCGUCAGAGACACCAGAGUCCCAAUAUCCGACAAAUAGCCCAUCAAAUACUCCAAGUUUUACAAACUCGCAGAUCCCACCACUGACCUUGAAGUCGUAUUUGCAAACCAUGCUGUCGUCCUCGCCUGAGCCUUUCCCCACAUCAACUGCAUCACCUGCAUCAACUGAACCAUCAAAGCAGACUAAUUAUCAACCAUCGACCAAUGCGCCGGCUUCCACCUUGUCGGAGUCACCAACUGUAAGCACUUUAACUGCGGAACCUGAUCAAUCAUUUCAGCUGAGCAGCCAUGAAACUAUAAGCACUGAAGGGGUUUUAUCCUCAAGUUCAAGUUAUUCGGACAUCAUUCAAAGUGAGUCGACCCGUCGGUUUUCCACGAUUGUUGUUCCCUCAACAUCAGUUUCGUCGCUGUUUAGCCGAUCGUUAAUGUACCCUUCGUAUGGAAACUUUAGUCUCCCAGCUUCCAGCCCCAGCCCCUCCCAAACAAUUGCGUGGUCCGCUUCAAUCGCAGGUGGACUAGAGUCAACCUAUGGAAAUCAAGAUCGAACCACACCGACCACCAGUCCAACUCAUGACGGUACAAAAGGAUCGCAGAAUUUGGAACAAGGUGGCACAGUUCUCAGUACUGCAGCCCCAUUAGUUGGUGAGACCUCGAGAGAGCUUGCUGCCCCAACUUCCACCGGAUCCACCAGUCUGAGCAUAGACGAUUUAUCAAAUUUAUCUCACUUCACAGAUGUUCCCAGGACCUUGUCUUCACAUAGCUCGGAUUCUAUGCCAGAUACAGCAAACACGAUGGCCGCCGGCUCUGGACUUGAGAGUAAGUCAACAAAGAGUGCAAGUGCAAUUAAUUCGGCAGAGUCAAGCAAAUCGAGUAGUGGACCGACUUCCAUCAAUGGCAUCGGUGCAUCCUCAGCUCCUCAAGGAUCAACUGGCGCAGCUAGACCCACAGUCACCGAUUCUCAAGUAACACAUUCCAUAGAAUCAUCUACACCUGCCACGGGCCAAGAACAUCCUUUCACUGUUGGUCCUGCCAUUUCGCCAGCAACUGCAACGCAACUGAAUGCAGCAGGUCUUGCAAGUGCCGAGAGUGGAUCUCCUGCAACUUCAAACAAUGCAGCUACGACUAGCCUUGAUGAGCAGAACACCACCCCCGCCACGGCUCAAACUGGUUCUGUGAGUACAACUCUUGGCAAAACACUGCUGGCUUCAGCAGACUCCCACAACCAAAUUUCUCAACAACCAGCUGCCAUCGCCCCAGCUAAAUCUAGCGGCUCUAGUUCGGCCACCUCAGGCGUGCCCCAAUCUGCAUCUAUUAGUGACGCGGCCCAAGCCAAUACUCAGCCAACGAAAGGAAUCUCCAAUCCAGAAAAUAUCUCCGUAAAUUCAAAUAUGGGAGCCAGUUCACAAGCACCAGCAAUCGAACAGCAAACCAAAGCACCAAUAAGUUCAUUUGCUCACCAUUACUCUAGCAUGAGGUCGAUGCCAUCCGCAUUGACGUCGCAGCCCUCCGCAUCGGCAUCGGCAAUUUCACCGAUCAAUUCAUAUGAAGGAAAAGCACACAACAAGAAAGCAUACUCCAAAUGGAUCUUGCUUUUAGCGACUCUUUUGCCCAUUUUUUUCUGA